AUGAUUAGCCCAACCAAUUUGCUCGCCCGCUGGUGGGUGGUGUUCGUAUUGGUGGCGGUCGUGACGACUGGCGUCGCACUGGCCUGUUCGUCCCAGUCUCCCAACAUCGGCAAGUUCUACAAGGGCCGUAUCCUGCACAUCAGCGUAGCGGCGAUGGAGCGCACCGACGAACUGCGCUGGACGACUUCGCCUCGCAACGCGGCCCCAGGCAACACCGACGGCACACUCUAUAAAUUGACCCCGGAAAGGCCGGAUCAUGAGCUGGUCCUGCUGCGGGUGAAGGUGGAAAACCACACCGCCACCAACGCGGCGGUCAACGUGGACGAGCAGUCCGCCCAGUUGCGGGAUUUCUUGCAAGGCCGCUACUUCCCCGUCAACGUCGGUGAGCGUGCCGAACCCGCCGGCGUACCCGAAAAACCGGGCGACCACUGCACCGUGCCCGUCAAUCCGGAGAAACCCACAGUGUGCGUCGAAUUCCUGUGGAACCAGACCUUCGAAGAAACCCAGCCCGACGGCGAGACCAAGCUGGUACAAUAUUCGCAGCAGCUACCCCAGGGCACGGGUCUGGACGGCUGGAUGGUUUUCGAAGUUCCCCAGGACACCAUGAUCAGGUCGAUCCGCUGGGCCGCGGGCGACACCGUUACCAUCGAUUUCUAG